GCGCGGCGGCGGUGUAGCCGGAGCGGCAGACUACUUACUAUAAGUCGCGGCAUCUACUGCCCCGACCACAAACUCACAGAGCGUAAUCUCCACAAAAUAUUGCAUUCACCUACAGUAAAAACGCGUCUAUAUAUAUGUGAUAACAAAAAAAAUUGUAAACUUCUUAGAACAGUGCAUUAUGGCGGAGAAACAAUUUAUCUUAGGAAUGGACAUUGGCACUACUUCAGUUAAAGUAUGUGUAUACGAUCCUGGUACAAAAGAGUUGGUGGCCAAACAGACUAAGGACACAGCAGCUAAUAUACCAAGUGAUCAGGGAAUUGAAGGAAAUAAGCAGGACGUUCCAAAAAUAGUAUCAGCUGUUCAUUACUGUGUUUCACGUCUUCCAAGGGAUGUUUUACGGCAUGUUACGAAAAUUGGAGUAUGUGGACAAAUGCAUGGAGUUGUAUUGUGGAAAAAUGGAGCUUGGGAAAAAGUUGAAAAAGAUGGUAAUGUAAUUCGUUUUGAAGCUAUCAGGGAAAAUAUGUCUGCUUUAUAUACCUGGCAAGAUUCUAGAUGCAAGCCUGAAUUUUUGGACACAUUGCCAAAACCCGACUCACAUUUAAAAUGUUAUACAGGAUAUGGAUGUGCUACUCUUUUAUGGAUGCUUAAACAUAAACCAGAUAAACUUAAAAAUUUUAAAUAUUCAGCCACAGUACAGGAUUUUGUGGUAGCAAUGCUCUGUGAUUUGGACAUUCCUAUUAUGUCAGAUCAGAAUGCUGCAAGCUGGGGCUAUUUCAAUACAGAAAAUAAUAAAUGGAAUACUGAUAUCCUACAAUCAAUAGAUUUUCCAGUAAACCUAUUGCCUAAGAUAAUAAAAAGUGGAGAAUUUGCUGGGAAGUUGAACAGCUCUUGGAAUGGUAUACCUGAAGGAAUACCUGUAAGUGUAGCUAUGGGUGAUCUGCAGUGUUCAAUCCUUUCUACCUUAGAAAAUGAACAUGAUGCUGUAUUGAACAUAUCAACAUCUGCUCAACUUGCCAUAGUUGCUGAUAAAAUUUCCGACUUGGGUUGCAGCACUAUAGAACACUUACCAUAUUUUAAGAAUAAAUAUUUAGUUGUGGCUGCAUCACUAAAUGGAGGCAAUGUUUUAGCUACAUUUGUGAAAAUGCUACAGCAAUGGAUGCUUGAAUUUGGAUUUCCCAUACCACAAUCAAAGGUGUGGGAAAAGCUAAUUGCUCUUGGUUUAGAAGCACCAGAAUCAGCUAUGCAAAUAAAUCCUCAACUUUUAGGUGAGAGGUAUGCACCUCUGGCUAAAGCAUGUGUUGAAAAUAUAGAUCUGUCUAAUAUCAAUUUGGGGCAAGUAUUCAAAUCUCUUUGUAACAGUUUAGUCGCAAAUUUGCAUUUUAUGAUGCCUAAAGAAAUAUUGCAAAAAGCAAACAUAAAAAGAAUAGUUGGAAAUGGAUCUGGGCUAUCCAGAAAUGCAGUAUUACAGAGAGCUGUCGAACAUCAUUACAGUUUGCCACUGGUGUUCACAUCAGGAGGUGAUGCUGCAAAGGGUGCUGCUAUAGCAGUUGCAUAAAAUUUAUUUAUUAAAGUUAAUCUAAUUAAACCUUGAAUCUACUAUCAUUUCAUUGUUUAAAAAUAAUUUUAAGGUAAUAAAAUUUUGCUAAGGCUUAAUAUUUUUUUUAAUCUUAAUUACACAAUUUGACUUUAUGUACGCCUUGAUAAUAAUAUAUUUUUUCUUCAGUACAUAUUAUUCAGUAAUAUAAUUAAUAUAUAUAUAUAAAUUGAACUUAAUCCCAAAAAACUAUUUAUUUUUAUUUAUCUCCAAGAUCAUAUUGAAUUAUCAAAAGUAUUAGAACUUUUAUUUAAUACUAAAUAGAUCUGUAAUAAUGUAAUCCAUUGCUAAAAACCUAAGUGUAUAUACCACCUAAUUUAAAAAAUGAGAUAGUGUGAACUAGAUAUUAUUGAACUAUUUUUCUAUAUAAUUUAUGCUUUUGAAUAUUUGAUAUCAUUAUAAAGCUUUCCUUUUUUUAGUAAAUUAUAAUACAAUAUUAGAUUAAAAUAACUACAUCAUUUGAAGUAAUAUUGAUGUCUUCUGACUUUUUAUAUUAUCAAUUUUGUGCAAUCAAUAGUUUUGCCUAUUAUCAUCAUCAUAUCAUAUCAGCCAUUAACUAUGCACUGCUAAACAUGGGCUUCUCUUAUGAGGGGAAUUUACCAGUACUUACCAUGCUUGGCAGGCAAAUAAAAUGUCACAAAAAGCUAUGGUAACAUUUUAAAAGAGACGCUGCUCGCCCAUCCCUCUGCCAUUAAGAUUUUACUUUAACUUUUUAAGACUUUUUAUAUUUAUUUAGACUAAAUUAUCAAAAUGUCAAUUAUGUGCAAUAAAUAAUUUGAACUGUGA